CUAACCAGGAGGAGGAGGAGGAGGGAGGAGGAAGCAGCGGCGGCGGCGGCACCAUCUCCGCCGCAGCCCGAGCCCGGGCGGCGGCUGCGUCGUUGUCUUCUUCGCUCGGCGACGCCUCUUCACCGGCGGCGGCGGCGGCGGCGGGAGCUGGGCUCGGGCAUGCAGCUGCAGUGAGGCGCCGGGGGCGGCGGGGGGAGGGGGCAUGGAGGACGACCUGGCUUCCGAGGAGGACACCCUGCUGCUUUCGGAAAAAGAGCUCCACGAUGCAGCCAAACGAAAUGACACGAGGCACAUGGAAGAACUGAUCAAGAGAGGGGUGGACGUCAAUGCCAAGAAUCAUAUAGACCGGACCGCUCUUCACUGGGCCGCAGGGGCAGGGCAUGAGCAUGCAGUGCGGCUUCUGCUCGACCACGACGCCUUGGUGGACGACGAGGACAUUUUUGGGAUGAGUGCGCUUCUCUUGUCCGCUUGGUUCGGCCAUCUGCGUGUUCUUCAGAUGCUCGUAAAUGCUGGCGCCAAAAUCAGCCGUGUGAACAAGAAUGGCCGCAACCUGCUGCAUUGUGCGGCCCAGAGGGGUCACCUCAGAGCGAUCGAGUUCAUUGUGGAAGACUUGGAGGAUGUGCGGCUGGAUAAGAAAGACAAGAUGGAUAGAACCGCCUUUCACCUGGCUGCGGAAAACGGGCACUUGGACGCGGUGGAGUUCCUGAUUGGCUGCAGAUGCAAUUUCAGAAUCCAGGACAAGGAGAAGAAUACGGCCCUCCAUGUAGCUGCGAAGAACGGCCAUACUGAGGUAGUCCAAAAGCUCAUAGAAGUCGGUAUGAACCUUGAGGAGAAGAACGUGGAAGGGUUGACCUCUCUGCACUUCGCUGUUGAAGGGGGACAUCUUGACGGCGUGAGGCUCCUCUUGGAAGCAGGGUGUGAUGUUAAUGCCCAAACGCAGAAAAAGAUGACCGGCCUCCAUUAUGCUGCGAUGAACGGCUCUGAAGAGAUGGCCAGAGUCCUGAUGGAGGCUGGGAUCCAGACCGAUGCACUGAAUUAUCAAAACGCAUCAGCUAUGCAUAUCGCGGUGCUACACAACCAUCCAGCCAUAGUAAAACUUCUCAUCGAUGCUGAAUGUGACCUGGAUAUCCCUGAUUACAGGCAGCAAAGCCCUCUUCAUAUCGCUGCAGAGCACGGAAGACAAGAUAUUGCUGAGAUGGUCCUUAUUGCCGGGGUGAACUUGAAACGAACAGACAAGCAAGGGAAGACAUCCCUGGAUAUCGCUGCUCGAGGCAACCACAUCAACAUGGCAGACAUGAUCAUCAAAGCAGACAGGUUUUAUAAAUGGGAGAAGGAUAACCUGAACAGCGACUCAGACUCCUGGGUAGCCAAGCACUUAACUUUCAAGCAAGACCACCGCUUGGAGACACAGCAUAUCCGCUCAGUCCUGUGGAGGCUGGCCACCAAAUACCUCCGUCCCGGCGAGUGGAAAAAGUUGGCGCAUUUCUGGAAGUUCACUGAGGCCCACAUUCGAGCCAUUGAACACCAGUGGGCAGGAACCAAAAGCUACCGGGAACACGGCCACAGAAUGCUGCUGAUAUGGCUUCAUGGAGUGGUCAUGGCUUGCGAAAACCCAACUAAAGGACUUUACGAAGGCUUAGUGGGAAUUGGGAGGCAAGAUUUGGCAGGUAAGAAGCUGACUUUCUUUGGUUAA